CGCCCUCUGUGUUCCUCCUCCUCUUCUUCUUGCUGCUGUUGUUGUCUUCAAUAAAAUCCCAGCCGACGCUGUUGGUGCGGAGCAAUGCGCUGGCUGGAGGCUGCCUAAUCACUCGGACGCCCGCGCGUUCUUCUCUCCCUGCAGAGAGCUUCUGACCCCAAGCCGAGUCACCGCUCGCGAGGUCACCCAACGAGCCCGCGGCCCACGGGGAGCGAGGCGGGAGGACUCAGCCUCGACUCGCCGCUCCACCUCGCCGACAUGGCCCGGGCCUCGUCCACGUCGCGAAACUCCCGGGAUGAGCGGACCCCGCCGCCGCUGCUGCUGCUGCUGCUAGCGUGGACCUCCUGCUGGGGCUGCUGGGGCUGCCAGCUGCCCCAGGACUGGCGGCCGCAGAGCGAGGCGUGCCGCGCCGAGCUCGCCGAGAUCAUCGUCAUGGCCAAGGUGCUGGCGCUGCACCAGGACUCGUACGGGGCGCACAACCUCCUGCCGUGGCAGGGGGACUCGGAGCUGCUGUACGCCGCCGAGGUGGAGCUGCUGUGCGACCAGGCCUGGGGCUCCAUGCUCGAGAUGCCCGCCGGGGCGCGCUUCAACGUCACGGGCCUCGGAUACUUCUCGUGCCACUCGUACACCGUCAUGGAGAACAACACAUACUUCUUCUUCCUGAGGAUGGAUGAGAACUACCACCUCGUGCCACACGGCGUCAACUUCCAGGACGCAAUCUUCCCGGAGACGCAGGACUCGCGCCGAAUGUUCUCAAGCCUCUUCCAGUUCGCCAACUGCUCGCAGGGCGCGCAGGUCCACCUCUUCUCGCCCGAGUGGGAGGUGCAGCAGGACAACGAGAUGCUUUGUGCCCCCAUCCAGUCGGCGCUGCUCGAAGAGGAGGACCGCGUGCGGAAGCUCACGAAGCAGCUCUCCGUGCUCGAGAAAAAGAACCGGCACCUGCAGCAAAAGGUGAAGAAGCUGAAGCGUGUGCUGCGCCAGGCCAAGAAGGACGGCAAGCAGGCGGCCGAGGGCUACCGCAGGCUGCUGGGCAAAGGGAGCGGCUCCGGCGCCUGGGAGGAGGGGGGCGGCGGCGGCGGGGGCGGGGGCGGCGGGGGCGGCGGCGGCGUGGGGGAGCCGCGCGCCCCUCACGCGCUCCACCCCCCCAGGGGCCAGGCGACGGCACAGAAGCGAGCACGCCACAACGCCAUCCCCUUCAGAGCCUGACGCGCCCGUGGGCCGCGCCGUUGGCGGGGGCGGUCCGUGGGCGGCGUUGGGGGAAGUCGCGGGUUGCCACCCGGCCCCUGGGCGUGCGGGGGGGGGG